AUGACACGACUGUUAACCUCCCUCAUUAAUGCACGGCAACCACGUAUUUUCGGGCAUCAUGCAAAAUUCGUUUGCUCUAGCCAUGCAUCUCACAGUCGAUACGUUUCUCAUUCAGCAAGAGAGCGGUCCUUGUACCACCACCAGGUGAGCGUUGAGCAAAUCUCAGCCGCCGUUCGAACCUUCUUCGACCGCAAAGAAAAGUUCCGCAUAUUCCAUGGCUCCACAAACAGUACUCGUCCACGUACGAAAACCCAUCGGAAUGUUGUCGACACCAGCAAGCUCAAUCGCGUGCUCAAUGUCGAUGUUGCAAGUCGCACCGCAUUAGUCGAGCCCAAUGUGCCGAUGGAUCGGCUUGUGGAAGAGUCGUUGAAAUAUGGCUUGGUCCCACCUGUUGUCAUGGAAUUUCCGGGCAUAACAGCUGGAGGAGGGUACGCUGGAACAGCAGGCGAAAGCAGCUCUUUCAAACACGGGUUCUUCGACCGUACCAUAAAUUUUGUGGAAAUGGUACUUGCCGAUGGCAGCGUGAUAAGAUGCUCCAAAAAUGACAAACAAGAUUUGUUCGAUGGAGCAGCUGGAGCGUUAGGUACACUUGGUAUUACAACACUACUUGAGCUUAAGUUGAGGCCGGCCACGAAGUAUGUUGAGACCACUUACCAUCCAGUUUCUAGCGUUGCUGAAGCCGUCGAGAAAACCCGGCAGAUGACUUCUGAUCCUUCUCUCGACUAUGUGGACGGGAUCCUGUUUUCCAAGACUCAGGGUGCCAUCAUAACUGGUCGUAUGACAGAUGAAGCAAAACCAGACAGGACGAUGCAGACAUUCAGUGGCGCUAAAGACCCGUGGUUCUAUCUGCACGUUCAGGACAAGAUCUCUAACCAACAGGCGCCCGUCAUUGAAACAAUCCCUUUACCCGAGUACUUGUUCCGUUACGAUCGUGGUGGUUUCUGGGUUGGGGCUUCAGCGUUCCAAUACUUCAAGAUGCCAUUCAAUAAAUUCACCAGGUGGUGGCUUGACGACUUUCUGCAUACACGCAUGAUGUACACUGCACUGCAUGCAUCUGGACAAUCUCGAAAUUAUGUCGUUCAGGAUCUUGCAUUGCCAUAUUCGACAGUGGAGGACUUCAUUGAUUAUACCGAUGAAAAAUUUGGUAUAUAUCCUUUAUGGCUCUGUCCUCUGAAACAAUCGCGCGGUCCUACAAUGCAUCCCCAUUCCACUGAGGUUGAAUCAGAUGGCACAACGCCCAAACCGAUGCUCAAUGUUGGGCUGUGGGGAACUGGCCCUGCAAAUUAUGAUGAAUUCGUGCAGCUUAAUCAGGACCUCGAGCGCAAACUCCAGGAAUUGAAUGGUAUGAAAUGGCUGUACGCGCACACCUAUUAUUCGAAGGAAGAUUUCUGGCAGCAGUUUGAUGGUAGCUGGUACCAGGCACUGCGUGAGAAAUACCAAGCUACCUCGCUGCCAGACGCCUACGAGAAGGUCAAGAUCGAUGUGGAGGCGGAGAAAGCAGCGACGAAGCUAUCGUUCGGAAAAUCGUUACUGCAAUCGUGGCCACUCGGUGGCUUUUACGGCAUCAAGAAAGCCAUCGAGAGUGGCUCGUACAAGCAGGCGAGGGCAUCUAUUUGGAAACAAUGGCCGCACCAGUACCAACGCCUCGAUGGAAAGGGUAAAUGA